ACUGUGGCAUCCAGGCAGAAGCGUUCUCCACUCCGCCUCCUCUGGCUCCUGCACACGCAGGGAAAGAUCCAUCCGAGGCUCAGGAUGAAACACAAUGUUUCGCCUCGAUUCUGAGGCGGUGCUGCAGCCGUGACAGCCUCAGAGUCCGGCUAGCGCCCCCGCCACCGGCAGCAGCAGCAGCAGCGCUGCAGGCGCACCGAGCGGACGCAUUGCUGCACUUUACAUCUUUCUGGGGUUGCUCAUUUGGACGCCAGCGUCCCACAGAGACAGUCGACCGGCAGCGGGUGUUCGAGCUCCCUCUCAGAGGACGGUGUUGUCCUGAGAGCUCAGACAUGCCAUCUGUCUCUGCUGGAAGCGUCGCUGUCUGGGCUGCGAUUCGCUGCGCUCCUUGAGGGAAUCAAAGUUGGUGCAAUGGAGACUUCCGGGAGUGAUGCUGCUGUCACAUACUUGGAGAAAGCUGAUGAGAGAGAUGGAUAUUAUGAUCUGGAGCAUCUCCCUCCACUGCUGGAAGAUGAGGAAAACGUCUCCCUGGCCGACAUCCUUUCUUUGCGGGACAGCUGCCUGAGUGAGGAGGAGGUCUGGGCCGUGUGUGCAGAGUGUGUUCUGGCCCUGCAGAGCAUCAGACCCUCCCACCUCUUCUACACCCUGUGUAUAACACCAGACACUCUGGCCUUCAACGCUCAUGGGAAUGUUUGCUUCAUGGAGCAGCUAAGCGAUGAUCCAGAUUGCUCCUUUGUCCCUCCGGAGUUUGACAACACGGGCAGCACAUUCGAGGGCCACAUUUUCUCUCUGGGCUCCACACUUUCCGCUGCACUGAAAUUUGUCAUAGAGCCAGAGCUGGAGGCUGAACUGGGAGAAGAACUUCAGAGUCUGCUGCAGCAGAUGCAGGAGGAGAAGCCUGACGACAGACCUGAGCUGGAGGAUAUUCUGCUGCUGGCUGAAGAGCAGCUGUCUCAGACAUCUUCCGCUACCGUGUGCCGGAAGUUAUCUUCGAUUGGACGAAGAGUGCUCUCCAUUGAAUCAGUUUCAAAUAUUCAAGAAGAACAGGAGGAAUCUGUGGAGGAAAAAUGGCAUCAUUCCAAAGCCAAAUGUCUUUUGAAAAGACUAAACUCAGAGGAUAAGACCAAAGACCUUUCUGACACCUCUGGGUCAAACAGUGUGUCCAGACAGCAGGUAGUGUGUGGGGCCUGGGAUUCCUCUCUAUGGGCCGAGGAUAUGGAAAGCGGUGAGGCAGACGGCAUGAGUCUGACAGAUGAGAUGGAUUGUCGGUCUUACAACAGCUCCCCAGUGAAGAGGAGAUCCCAGCAGAAGUUCAGAGGAGCAAGGGGAGUCCUUAAUCGCUCCUGUUCGGUGCCGGACUCCAACAAUCCCCCGUGUGUCUCCACUCCACCUCACGGAGAUAUCAGCAUUCCUGUUUCUGACCUCACGGAAAUAGGAGCUGAUGAACAUCUAGACUCAAAGUCUAUGUGGAGUAACAGACUGGAGAGACUAAACCGGGGGAAGUCCUGUGAGUCCUACCCUCACUGUAGAACUCAGGAUCAGGAAGAUGGAUCACAAGGAACCCAUCGUGGAGACUCUUGCAUAGAAGAAAUAAAUAUUCAAGACUGUGUCCAGCCCAUGUCACGGGGAUGUAUCCAGGACUUGGUCGUCUCCUGUGCCUCCUGUCGGGAACUGGAGACGGCACAAAACUCUUUAGAGGAUGAGAGCGCGACAAAACCCAACAUUUCCCUUUCCUAUAACUACAUGACCAAAAGCAUGCUGUGCCUGAACGAAGAGUCUCAGGAUGAGUGGAUCUCUCUCAGGGAGCUGCUGACUCUUUGUGGACGGAGGCUUACGGUUAAUGAGCUGUGGGCUUUGUGUUACACCUGCCUGUCUUCACUGCAAACUUACACUGACUUUCCAGCCUAUUUAUGCCUGGACACAGUUUAUGUGAACUGCAAAGGAGAAGUGAUUUUUCUCAAACCUCAAACCGUCGAAUCCCAUGAUGGUUUUUUUCUUGCACCUGAGUAUCAGGAACACGGUAUUGUAACUGAGAAGGUCUGUGUGUAUGGGGUCGCUGCGAUCCUCUGGGCGUCAGCCAAGUUCAGCUUAUCACCAAAUCAGAAGCUGGCGAUGCCUCGUAAGAUGAAGAGACUCCUCCUGGAGAUGGCUAAGAGGACUCCCAUGGAGAGGCCAACCAUCGUCAUGGCAAAAAAGAGCUGCAUCUGUAAUCUUUCUCGUCAGGGGAUUAGCGCUGAGACUGUCUGGGGGAACCUCAUCAGCAGAGUUCACCCGCCAGCUUCAGAAGGCCACAAUACUGAAGAUUUGAGUGAAAGUAAUAAUCAGAGCUCAACUGAUGAGCCCCGACCAAACAGUGGCUUUGUGCCCAUGGCCACUGAGAGCCGACUGGCUCCUGUGCCUGGCCCUGUUCCCCACAGCUAUCCUGAACUCCAGCUCCCAGAAGCCUUCACUUCCACCGCCACACACUUCACUCCAAUCAUCCUGACCAGUGAAAGGGAAACAGAGGAGGAGGAGACCCAGCAUCUGGGAUCUGUCACUGUAGGGACAGCAGACAGACUGACGAAGAGCAGUGUUGGUGCUGCAGGAAGCUGCCUAGAUGUCCCUCCUUCUAAAGCCAAUCUGCAUUCAGAAGAGCUGACUGAGUUUCACACAGUCAUGAGCACCUCUUCCAAAACGUCCAGCACAAUACCCGAAGACUCUCCUUCAGCUCUCUCUGAUGUUUCCCUCCUUGAAGUCUCCCUUCCCAGUCUCUCUUCCCCCUUAUCCACUAACCUCAACAGCUGUGGUAUUUUCAACAAUUACCUCUUUUGGCAGGAUCCCGUGACAGGACAUCUGUCCUUGGUGCCCGUCAAGGUCAGGGCUCCUGAGUCUUUACAGGGGUUGGACAUAAACCCGUCUUUGGUCCCUCAGUCUUUGCUAGGCCUGAUAACAGGUCAGGAGACCGACCUGUUUUUUGACUCUGUCAGUGUAACCGUGAGGCCUGGGACUCAGGAUAUAUUUUAUUUAAGUGGUAGCUCCACAACGUCAGACGACUCUCUGGAUCGUGCUUCUCAUCAAACGUACUGUGGAAAAACCGAAACCAAAACCCCAGGUGAGAAGAGCUCUGCCUCCAGAGGUCAGCCUGCCCUGCAGGACGUGAUCGACCUGCUCAAAGGACACUUUUCAAUUAAGGGACAUUUAGACAAUGGCCGUCAAGACAUCAUGAUGGGUAAGAGCAACACACUCCUUCUACAUGGGGAGAAAAUCGACACAAUAUAUUUGUGUAUUAUUGCUUCAUUAAUAACUCUUGAGAUUAAAAUGAUUUCAUUUUUUGCACUGUCAAACUUCAUCAAUUUGAGUGUCUUCCAUUGCGCCCCAUGCAGAGAUCAUAAUGAGCAGUCUCCAUCUCCGGCUGUGAGGAGGGCAGCCGUCACUCCACCCUUCACCACCGCUGCCUGCAGAGGGAAGACACAAGUUUGCCUGCACAGCUGUCUCGAUCUGAAUGGAAACAUUCAUGCUUCUCGUCCCGUUGCUGUUGGGAUAUGGGAGGGAAGCGAGGCGACAUCUUGCUGUGGGGAAGAUGAGACGGUGCUGGAGGGUGCUGAAAUAAGAUUGGAGAAAAAUCGGUUUUGGAUAGGUCAAGGUGUGAAGGCAAACAGUUCAGAGUCUGGGGUUAUGGAAGCAGGAGGUCAUUCAGCGGGUGGCAGCGAUGAAAGCCCCUCUGAAGCCGAGUUUGUGUCAGGGAGAGAGGAAGAUCUGAUGGGAGCCCACGAUGAGCAGAUGAGUCCUGACCACUCGGAGGACAUGGAGGACAGCGACUCUCUGGUGUCGGAGCGGCUCCUUUCGCCCACGUCCACGACAGGCUGCACAGGCCUCAGCUUCAGCCCGGCCUGGGCCCUGGCUCUCUUUGGAGAAGAUUGUUUUAGUCAGGAGGUGAUUGAGUAUGCAUUGAAUCUGGGAAAGCACACAGGAUCGCCGAGCCUGGAAGUGAAAGUGCAGGAAGUGCAGCAGCAGCUGAUAAUUGAGACGAGGAAUCUGAAGAAAACCAGAAAUUUCUAUCAAAAGCUGAAGAAUCAACAUGAGAGAAAAAACAAAGGUCCUGAAAGCAAACUGAUGCUCUCAAAACUCAAGUCGCAGCUUGAAGAACUCAGAUCCAAGGUGGCCUUUUUGGAUUGUGUGAAGAAAUAUCUUGAGGUCCUCAGCGUUGAUCACUGGGGUCUGGAAGUUUCUCUACUGCCCUCUCUGGCUGGCUGUGGACGCCACUCCAUGAACCUGCAGUCCACUGAGGACCCCUCUGUCCUGAGCUUUGGUAGCAGUAAAGGGAAGAGGACUCUGCAGGCCGGCUCUCCUCUGGGACUCUUGGCUUACCUUUAUGCCAGAAAUGCUGCUGCAGAGGGCUACAUCCAACAGUUCCUGUACACGUAUCGCUUCUUUUGCUCUCCUGAAGAACUACUGCAGUUCAUCAUGGAUAAGUUCAUCAGUGCUUCAAGAGAGGGGCCAGAGAUGUCAGGGGACAGUGAAAGGAUCUUCCAUCGCAGUCUGGACCUUCUGCAGAUCUGGGUGACAGACUGCAAAUCAGUGGACUUCACGCCAAAGUCGAGUCUUGUGGAGACUUUAGAAACGUUUCUAAACACAGAGGUGAUUCCAGUUGACAGUCAAGGUGAGGCCGUUCUCUCCGUCCUCUACAACCAUCCAAACUCCGACACGCUGGGUCAGGUGACAGGAAGUCUGAUCAGCCUGAAUGAAGAAGAGGACUCUGUGUGUCUGCAUUCGUCUACUGAGGAUCUUAGCAAGAAGUGGAGGAUCUCGCGAGUUGUGGAGCCCUCUGCUUCCAUGUCUAAAGAGAAGACCUUCUCGAUUGCUGCAGCCCUGCCUGCUCCUUGCUACGACUCCCUGAUGCACGAUUUGUCCAACGUGUGUCUGCAGAGUGAGGAGCGACUCCCGUUCAUCCAAAAGGAGCUCAGCGCGCUGCACAUAGCCCAGCAGCUGACGCUCCUGCAGCAGGAAGUUUUCCAAGGAUGUCAUCCAGUUCAUUUCCUGAAGUCCAGAACACAAGGAGUCAGAGACAAACUCUGCAGCCCAAACAAGAACGUGUCGCAGCUUAUUCCGCCAGCAGAGGGCAGCAGUGGGCUGGUACUGAAGGGGAGCCCAGCAGACAGCUUCCUCCAGCAGCUGCUCACAUACGCUGAGAUUGUCACUAACUGGAUCUCUGCAGAGAUUGUCAUAUGUGACUCUGCAAAGACCCAAGCUGCCUUGCUGACCAGGUAUCUGUGGAUCGGAAAGUAUUGCUAUGAAAUGAGGAACUUUGCCACAGCCAUGCAGGUUCUUGGAGGUCUGGAAAAUAUGACUGUCAGGCAAUUACCAGCUUGGAAACACCUGGCUUCCAAAGUCUAUGAGAUCCUGGAGGAGCUGCGAGCCGUUCAGGUGUUUCUGAAGAGCGAUGACCUGUGUCUGAUUGGAGCAGAGCAGAAGAGGACGAGGCCCACACUGCCGUGCGUUCACAUCCUGGCUAUGCAUGUACAGCAGCUGGAGAUCGGUGCAUUCACACUAACCACUGGGGCUUAUAAGUGGACCAAACUCAGGAACAUCGCAAAGGUUGUGAGUCAGGUCCAUGCCUUCCAGGAGGUUGUGUACCCGUACAGCCCAGACCAGGACCUUCAGGCCUACCUGCGCCGCCGGAUCGCCCGGUUCGCCACGACGGACAUCCACCUGCUGGCCGCUGACAGCGAUGCCAACUUUCAACGGUCCAGCGAGCGUCAGACGCGGAGGAUCCAUGACACGCUGAGGAGGGUGAAAGCUACUUUCCAGUGAAGCCUGCUUUGCCUCAUUUCAGAGAUGAACUUCAAAUCCAGGACAUUGCCCUGCGCCCAGACUUAUCACGUUACAGUGCUGUGGAAAAGUAUUUACUCCCCUACAGACAUCUUCUGUUUUUGCUUCCUUGUCUCAGUCACAUGUUUCAGAUGAUCAAACAAAUUCAAAUGUCAGACAGAAUUAUCUGAAGUAAAUGCCAAAAAACUGCUUUUUAAUUGUCUAAUUAAUUGUCCCAUGUGUUAUUUAAAUAGAACCAGUGUGACAGCAUGAAGUAGGCUGGAAUAUCUCUAUAACCGAUGCAGCAAAUGCCCUGAUCCAAAGAAAUUUGAGAUAACAAGCAAAAUUGCUGAAAUCAAGAGUCGCCUUUUAUCUCAUCCAUCCAAAAGUUAUCAGAGAACAACAUUUAAAUUGCUUGACUUUUAAAUAUGUUUCCACUAAAAUAUACUGAGGUUGAACACUUCUGAACAGAAAAAGAGUGGAUAAUGUACAAUGUGAAACCUUCAUCUAGAUCCUACUAGAUGAAGGAAGGUGAGACUGUACAACAUCAUAAUAUAAGCUGUUUAUAUCUAUUGAUUCAGUUACUUAACAGUAUUAAUUGCGAUUGUAAAACAUUGCGUUUUGUGUUAAAUAUUGCUUAUUGUUAAAAAUUAAGAUUAAUUUUAGUAUAUUGCAGUGCCUAUAAUGAAUUAUGAAGAUAUUUGAAGUAGUCCAGAUCUAAAACUGUCGGGAUGUAAACAGACUGUUCCUGCUGAAACUAAAUUAUAUCAGUUUUGUAACCAAGAGUUGGAUAAAAUUCCUCUGUGGUUUUCAUGUUUCAAAAUUCCUUGAUGGAAGUUGUUGUGGCCAAAGGUGCUGCAACCAGUUAUAGGGUUUAGAGGCAUUAACAUUUCAGUUUGAAUAGAUUUUUGUCCUUAGCAAAUCAAAUAAUCAUUUAAAAAGAUGCAUUUUGAAAGUAUUUUUUGCUUAUCUUUGUCUAAUAUUAUUACUUUUCUGAAACUUAUAGUUAUGGUGGAAAAGCAAAAACAGAAGAAAUUUGUAAAUAAAGUUCAAAGCAAACUUAAAUCAAAACUCACACUCUUGUGAUAUUUUUAAAAUUCAUUUUGAUUUAUGUUUUUGUUUGUUUUCAGGUUGAUCUGUUGCUGGGUUCAGAUCCCAGCCUGGCGUCUUUUUGCAUGUUCUCCUGUGCAGGCUUGUUGUUCUCUCCAGGUACUCCUGCUUCCAUCCACAGUCCACAUAAUUAUUAGGGUUACUGGUCUCUCUAAAUCGAUCUAAGGUGCGUGUGUGUGUGUGUGUGUGUGUGUGUGCGUCCUGUGAUGGACUUGCGACUUGUCCAGGUCAAACCAAAUGAUCAGUGCAGUUAUCACCCAUCCUUUGACCCUGCAAGGUUAAGUGAGGAUAGAUGACGGAUGGAUAUAUUUUUUGUUUGCAUUUUGUUCCUUCAACAAAAUUAAACAGUGUUUUUUUGUGAUUUUUUUUCUUUUAGCUGAUGCAUAUUUUUGUACAGUGUAUUUAAUUUGCUUGGUAUGUUUUCUCUAAUCUAUAAUCGUUGGUGGCCUGAACAUGUAAAAUGCAUGUCCAUCGAAAUGAUCAUCACAACUUGCACAUGCAGUAAUGCAACAGCGUGAUUCUUUGCUUGGGACUGAAUCAGCUAAAGCACAAUUUCAGCAGCUGUGUUUCUGUGUUAUACAUUUAUGAGCUAUAGAUGGAAAUGUCUUUUUUUUAGCGGUCUUUCACAUUUUCCACAGUAAAUUAUCUGUUGAUCCACUUAACAUCAAAACUGUUUUGUGCAAUGAUGUGUUCAGUAAUGCAUGACUUUUGGCUAUUUUAUUCCAGUGCAAGUUUUAAAUUAAUCACAUUUUGUUGUUUCAUGUGGUCAACAUGCAUUCAUAUUAUAAAUUGGAUAAGCUGCAAGGUUUUCAAUCAUGCAUUAAUUUUCAGUUUAAUGAAUUUCUUGUAGUUUUACUCAUCCAACUGUUUUGUGGCAGAUUUUCUAACUUCUGGUUUUGAAAGUUUGACCUGCUACUGCAGAUUUUUGCUGAUUAAAUAUUCUCUUAAUCUUUGUAAUUCAUAUCAUUCUAAUAUUUUUCUUGCCUUCAUGCCAAGGGCAGUCAGUAAGGAGUUUUACUAUCACUUAAAUAAAACACAGCAUUAUCACAGC